UGUGUGUGUGUGUAGGUGUUUUGCCGAACUUUGGACUAUCUGAGUAACUCUGACUGGAACCGAGGCAUUUUAAGAGGACAAAAUGGAGAAAAUUUCUCUCCUUACUUUAAUAAAUGGGGUUUUUAUUUUAAUAUCUAAUAUCUGUCUCACAUCAUCAGUCUCAGUGUUUGUGUCGAGACAGACAGCUCAGUCAGUCUUAUCGAGACAGAAGCGCUUUAAUAAAGGAGGGCUGGAGGAGGUGUUGAGAGACAAUCUGGAGAGAGAGUGUCUAGAGGAGAAAUGCAACUUUGAGGAAAUGCGUGAAGUUUUUGAAAAUGUGGAGCAAACAAGAGAGUUCUGGAUUGGUUAUGUCGAUGGAGAUCAGUGUUUGUCGUCUCCUUGUCAGAAUGGGGGGACAUGUAAAGAUGGCUUGAGCUCCUACAUCUGUUGGUGUCCCAUCGGUUUCAUCGGGAAGAACUGCGAGAUCGAGCUAGUGAGACAGUGUGAUGUGAAUAAUGGAGGCUGUAUGCAGUUCUGCGAGCUGGAUAAGGAACAGGCCGUGGUGUGUAACUGUGCUGAUGGAUACGAUCUCAGUGCAGAUGAGAGGAGCUGUGAGCCGAGAGAUCACUACCCCUGCGGCCGAUUGGGGAAGAACAUCGCCAACACUCUUGCCACGAGAACGUUGAUCACUGAAGAAACUGUGAUCCAAACUCAGGGCAUCGAACAUAUGAAUGUGACGGAGAAGAAUUUAACUACAGCAAACAGCACAAAUACCACUGACCUCAGCAACGUCACCAUCAGUCCAACACCCAGAGACAAUCACUGGGAUUUUUUCCCCACUUUACCCACUGUCAAAGAGGAGACCAACACCGACCAGCGCAUCGUCGGAGGAUUAGAAGCAAAACCUGGAGAGAUUCCCUGGCAGGUGGCACUGGUCCACAAAAAAAAGAAUCUUGUGUUCUGUGGUGGUUCUCUCCUGAGUGAUGUGUGGGUCAUCACUGCUGCUCACUGCCUGGUGGACGGAGGGAUCGGAAAGUUCUUUGUCAGAUUAGGUGAACAUAACGUUGAGGUUGAUGAAGAGAAGGAGAGCGAUCAUGAAAUUGAUGAACACCAUAUGCACCCCAACUAUCAGUCUCAGCAAAGCCACAACCACGACAUCGCUCUACUGAAGCUCAAAACUCCCGUCACGUUCUCAGACUACAUCAUCCCAAUUUGCCUGGGCCCAAAAACCUUCACGGAGAACUUGCUGAAGAGCGCUACCAUCUCGCUGGUCAGCGGGUGGGGCCGGACACGCUACGGAGGGCUGGAGUCUGACAAGCUGCAGAAGGUGGAGGUUCCCUAUGUUGACCGCACUGAGUGCAAAGGCAGCGAUAAGAUUUCGCGCUUCAUGUUCUGCGCCGGGUUCCUGACCACACGCAAGGACUCGUGCCAAGGAGACAGCGGAGGACCUCAUGCCACCAGACUGAACCCAGACACGUGGUUCCUCACGGGGAUCAUCAGCUGGGGUGACGAGUGUGCUAAAGAGGGGAAGUACGGCAUCUACACACGUGUGUCCAGGUACAUAAACUGGAUCACAAACAUGACUGGAAUCAGAGUAGGUACUUCUGGAUGAUCAGCCCCUGAAUAUACGUUUAAAUCACCGUUUCUCAACUUCAGUUUCCAGAAGUGUGAAAAUGUUUACAGCAUGAAGAGAUUCCAUCACUUGUCAAAAAUAAAAAAAAUGUAAAUUUA